AUGCCAACGGCUCCCAUCGUCCAUAAUAUCGAAAUUCCAGAUACCAUUGUGGUAUCAGAACUUGCGCAGAAAUUAUCCGUUAAGGGCGCAGAUGUUAUCCGUACCUUGAUGGGCAUGGGCGUCAUGGCAACCAUUAAUCAAGUGGUUGAUCAAGAUACUGCCAUUCUUAUUGUGGAAGAAAUGGGUCAUAAGGCCACUCCAAUGCAAGCGCUUGAUGAUGAAAUCUCAAUUUUAGACCUCAUUGAAGACGUUAGCGGUUACGACUUAUCACCUCGUCCUCCUGUCGUUACUAUUAUGGGGCACGUUGAUCAUGGUAAAACAUCACUUCUGGAUCAUAUCCGUAAGUCUCGCGUCGCUUCAGGAGAAGCCGGUGGUAUUACACAACAUAUUGGCGCUUAUCAUGUUGAAACAGAAAGUGGCAUUAUUUCUUUUCUUGAUACCCCAGGUCAUGCUGCAUUCUCGCAAAUGCGCGCUCGUGGAGCAAAAGCAACCGAUGUAGUUAUUCUUGUAGUGGCCGCUGAUGAUGGUGUUAUGCCGCAAACGGAAGAAGCCAUUAAGCAUACCCGUGCUUCUGGCGUUCCAUUAAUUAUCGCCAUUAACAAAAUCGAUAAAGAACAAGCCGACCCAGAGCGUGUUAAAAGUGACUUAGCAAACUAUGAGGUUAUCUCGGAAGACUGGGGGGGGGAAGAUGUAUUUGUCAAUAUAUCCGCUAAAACAGGCGAAGGUAUUGAUGACUUACUUGAGUCAAUCUUACUCGUCUCAGAAGUGCUCGAACUUAAAGCAC